UUAUUUUAACAAAAAUGGAUUCUUGCCAGCAAACUGCUAAUCGCAGAUUAAAGAUGAUCAAAGGACAUGUCGAAGCCCAAGAAACUGCUUGGGUUAUGAAGAAUAUCCAGCCUCUUGAUUUUUUCCCUAAGGGAGAUCUCAAAGGAAAAACUUUGCUCAUCACUGGUGCUAGUAGAGGGAUCGGACUUGCUAUUGGACUAAGAGCAGCUAAAGACGGAGCCAAUGUUGCAGUUGCAGCUAAGACUACAGAGCCUCAUCCAAAGCUUCCAGGGACUAUCUAUACUGCAGCUAAGGAGAUCGAAGAGGCUGGAGGUAAAUCUUUAGCCAUCAAGUGCGAUAUCAGAGAUGAAGAAAGUGUUAAGGAAGCUAUUCAAAAAACUGUGGAUACAUUCGGAGGAAUCGAUAUUCUUAUUAACAAUGCUUCAGCUAUCAGUUUAACCACAACUCCUUUGACACCCAUGAAAAAGUAUGACUUGAUGCAUUCAAUCAAUACUAGAGGGACUUACAUGAUGUCUAAAUACGCUGCUGAGCAUCUUGCAAAAUCUGAGAAUCCUCAUAUUUUGAACAUUAGCCCUCCUCUUGAUAUGUUCAGCCAGAACACUAACUGGUUUGCUCCUCAUGUAGCUUACACCAUGGCAAAAUAUGGAAUGACUCUCUGCGCAUACGGAAUGUCUGGAGAAUUUAAAGAAGAAGGAAUUGCAUGUAACACUCUUUGGCCAAGAACAGCUAUCGCCACUUCAGCUGUUAAGAACCUCCUUGGAGGAGACGCAGUCAUGAGAAUGUCAAGAACUCCAGAAAUCAUGUCAGAUGCUGCUUAUAUCAUCCUUACUAGUGAUUCCAGAAAGACCACCGGUGGAUUCUACAUGGACGAUGAAGUUCUCGCCUCUAACGGAGAAGACCACAUGGAAAAAUAUAACUGCAUCAAAGGAGCUAGGAAUGACGACUUAGCAGCAGAUUAUUUCUCAUAAGUAGCAUAGGUCAUUCUUGUUCAAUAUUUCA